AUGAAGACAUCGUUUGCGAUGCCGUCGACUCUCACCACUUGUUUCGCACUCAACGCUCUGCUCCUCUCAAUCGCCGCUUUCUUCGGUAAUUAUCUCAUCGUUUUUGUUGGCCAUCACUUCCCGUAUCACGUGAUUCAUUGUCUUCUUCCUCCUUCAGAAACGAUUGCAAUCAAUGCCACGAACUGUUCGGUCGGUGUCUUAACGGACGGCGAGUGUCCGAAGGGCUGGAUAUGCGCCGAGUGGUGGUCCGGAGCCGUCGUCGGGCGCUGUCUCUGUCACGACUCGUGUCCACCAAAUCAGACAAUCGUCUCCACCAUAAGACCGCUUCCCAUCUAUUCGGACGACGAUAACAAUGGCGACAGCAAUAGCCGUUCAGUCAUAAUCUUGAGUGUGUUUGGAGUCGUGAUAUCAGCGAUGAUGGCAUUCAUGGCCUACUAUAUGGGUGUCCGGAAAGGCAUGUUUCGCGAGAUAUGGCGCCGGGCUUUCACUCCACAGCAGAUGGAACACCAACUCCUCGACAGGAGUCCACACAUCGAUGAUAAUAACGACUCCGAAGCCAUCGCUUGAAUCAAUACUUUCAAUAAUAAUCGAUGGAUAGUUUUUUGAUAGAUUUAUGGAUCAAUUGCUUAAAAUUAUUUAGUUUUAAAUAAUAGUCAAAAUAUAAGAGAUUUUUUAAAUACAAUUGUAAAUUAAAUUAUAUUAUUAGACAAACAACGGCUAUAUUAUAGAGAAAUACGAGUAAUAAGUUUCAAAACUAAAUCAUUGAGCACUAGUCAGUCUUUUUUGACAUCUAUUUGACACAAAAAUAC